CUCUUUCUUUUGUUGUAGUCUAAUUUUCCUCUACUGCUUCCCCUCUUUCCUAUAAAUGCUCACACCACUUCACAAUUUCUUCAGAACAACUUUUCCUCUGUAAAAACUCACACUCAAACACAACAAUCAUUUACACAUUAAACCCCGGCAAGAAAAUGUUGAUUUCUUCUGAGAUGAUCAAGAUUUGGGCUUCCACAAUUUCCAGACAGCUCGGUGGAUCUCGAUCUUGGUUCGUCUUGAUCAAGCUGCUCAAGAAAUUCUCUGUCGCUCUGCUUACUUGCAUCGUUGCUUUAGGUGGAGCUAUCGUGGGAGUAAUCAGCGGAGCGCUAAAAGGGCAGACCACAGAAACCGGUAUCCUUCGCGGCGUCGGUGUGGGGGCGGUGGCGGGGGCCAUCACCGGCGUGCAGCUGAUGGAACUCAUACUUAACGGCGAACCAUUUUCCAAGAUAGCACUAAUAUGUAGUUUGGUGAAUGGGAAGAUAUUCAUGGAAUGGGUGAGUCCUGCUGUGUUAAAGGCUUAUCAAUGGCAGAUUAGCACAAUGGAAACAGGAUUGAGGGAUAUUUCUGACAUUUUCGAGAUUAAUACGAUGAGGGGUUUAUCUCAGGAUGCAAUACAGGAGUUGCCUAUUUUCGAGUUUACUAGCGCAGAAACUACCGCUGCACCGUGUUUGAAUGCUAGUUGUGCCAUCUGCUUACAGGAUUUGAAAGAUAGAGAAUCUACGAGGUUGCUACCGAGCUGUAGACAUUUGUUCCACCUGCAUUGCAUAGAUGAGUGGCUUGCCCGUCAAGGCACCUGCCCGAUGUGCAGAAAGGAUGUUUGAUCGGCAGCAAAAAAGUGAAAAAUUAAAUUCGCAGUGCCAAGAAAAAGUUAACGAGAGCAGAAAAAUAUGCAAGAAGAAACAGCAGGCGUAUCUAUGGUUGGUAUAGAUGAACUUGUACGAAGUAUAUGUCUGUAAGAAACGAGACCGUUGUUCUUCUAUAUGUAUAUGAAAGCAAGAUCUAUGUUUAUAAGCACUUUCUUUUGCUGGUUUGUGUUAAAAGUUUCGGCUUUACUCGAAAUGCUAAUGAGAACAAAACGAGAAUCUGUUGCUUGAAAAUAUAUAUGAUGCACUAUUUCUUGUGGGUUUC